GAUGGAGGAUGAAGCUGUCCUGGACAGAGGGGCUUCCUUCCUUAAGCAUGUGUGUGAUGAAGAAGAAGUAGAAGGUCACCAUACCAUCUACAUUGGGGUCCACGUGCCCAAGAGCUACCGGAGAAGGAGACGUCACAAGAGAAAGACAGGGCAUAAAGAAAAGAAGGAAAAGGAGAGAAUCUCUGAGAACUACUCUGACAAAUCAGAUGUGGAGAAUGCUGAUGAGUCCAGCAGCAGUAUCCUCAAACCUCUUAUCUCUCCUGCGGCAGAACGCAUCCGAUUCAUCUUGGGAGAGGAGGAUGACAGCCCAGCACCUCCUCAGCUUUUCACCGAGUUGGAUGAGUUGCUGGCCGUGGAUGGGCAGGAGAUGGAGUGGAAGGAGACAGCGAGGUGGAUUAAGUUCGAAGAAAAAGUGGAACAGGGUGGGGAGAGAUGGAGCAAGCCCCACGUGGCCACCUUGUCUUUACACAGCUUAUUUGAGCUGCGGACUUGCAUGGAGAAAGGAUCGAUCAUGCUCGACCGGGAGGCCUCUUCUCUCCCACAGUUGGUGGAGAUGAUUGUUGACAACCAGAUUGAGACAGGCCUAUUGAAACCUGACCUUAAGGAUAAGGUAACCUAUACUUUGCUCCGGAAGCAUCGACAUCAAACCAAGAAAUCCAAUCUGCGUUCCCUGGCUGACAUUGGGAAGACUGUUUCCAGUGCAAGUAGGAUGUUUACCAACCCUGAUAAUGCCCGCAGCCCGCUUGAGAACUCAGUGCCCUGCCUAGCAAAUUGCACGUUGGACGAUGACCCCCGAGUGCGGCGCACUCCCAGCGAGGGAUGGCUAAGUAGUCCAGCCAUGACCCAUAGGAAUCUGACUUCCUCCAGUCUGAAUGACAUUUCUGAUAAGCCAGAGAAAGACCAGCUGAAGAAUAAGUUUAUGAAAAAACUGCCACGUGAUGCAGAAGCUUCCAAUGUGCUUGUUGGGGAAGUGGACUUCUUGGAUACACCUUUCAUUGCCUUUGUUCGGCUGCAGCAGGCUGUCAUGUUGGGGGCCAUGACAGAGGUCCCUGUACCCACCAGGUUCUUGUUCAUUCUCUUAGGUCCCAAGGGGAAAGCCAAGUCCUACCAUGAGAUUGGCAGAGCCAUUGCUACCUUGAUGUCUGAUGAGGUGUUCCAUGACAUUGCUUAUAAAGCAAAAGACAGGCAUGACCUGAUUGCUGGCAUUGAUGAGUUCCUAGAUGAAGUCAUUGUCCUUCCACCUGGGGAAUGGGACCCAACGAUUAGGAUAGAACCUCCGAAGAGUCUUCCAUCAUCUGAUAAAAGAAAGAACAUGUACUCAGGUGGAGAGAACGUUCAGAUGAACGGGGACACGCCCCAUGAUGGAGGACACGGCGGGGGCGGGCACGGAGACUGUGAAGAACUCCAGCGAACUGGACGGUUCUGUGGUGGAUUAAUUAAGGACAUAAAGAGGAAAGCACCCUUUUUUGCCAGUGAUUUUUAUGAUGCUUUAAACAUUCAGGCACUUUCUGCGAUUCUCUUCAUCUAUCUGGCAACUGUAACGAAUGCCAUCACGUUUGGAGGACUGCUCGGGGACGCCACUGACAACAUGCAGGGUGUGUUGGAGAGUUUCCUGGGUACCGCUGUCUCUGGAGCUGUGUUUUGCCUUUUUGCUGGUCAGCCACUCACUAUUUUGAGCAGCACAGGACCUGUCUUAGUUUUUGAGAGGCUUCUAUUUAAUUUCAGCAAGGACCAUAAUUUUAACUACUUGGAGUUCCGACUUUGGAUUGGUCUCUGGUCAGCCUUCCUGUGUCUCAUUUUGGUUGCCACCGAUGCCAGCUUCUUGGUCCAGUACUUCACUCGUUUCACAGAAGAGGGCUUCUCUUCUCUAAUUAGCUUCAUCUUUAUCUAUGAUGCAUUUAAGAAGAUGAUCAAGCUAGCAGAUUACUACCCUAUCAAUUCCGACUUUAAAGUGGGCUAUAAUACUCACUUCUCCUGUGCCUGUAUGCCACCUGACCCAGGUAAUAUUUCAAUAUCUAAUGAUACCACAGUGGCCCCAGAGGAUUUGCCAACUGUUUCUUCUACUGAUAUGUAUCAUAAUUCUACCGUUCACUGGGCAUAUUUGUCAACAAAGGAGUGUUUGAAAUAUGGAGGAAAGCUUGUGGGGAACAACUGCAGUUUUGUUCCAGAUAUCACACUCAUGUCUUUCAUCCUUUUCUUCGGCACCUACACCUCUUCUAUGGCUCUGAAAAAAUUCAAAACAAGUCGCUAUUUUCCAACCACAGCAAGAAAAUUGAUCAGUGAUUUUGCCAUUAUCUUGUCUAUUCUCAUAUUUUGUGGGAUAGAUGCUCUGGUAGGUGUGGACACUCCAAAACUAAUUGUGCCAAGCGAGUUCAAGCCAACAAGUCCAAACCGGGGAUGGUUUAUACCCCCAUUCGGAGGAAACCCCUGGUGGGUAUACCUUGCCGCUGCUAUUCCUGCCUUGUUGGUCACUAUUCUGAUUUUCAUGGACCAGCAAAUCACAGCUGUGAUUGUAAACAGGAAAGAACACAAACUCAAGAAAGGAGCUGGGUAUCACUUGGAUCUCUUUUGGGUGGCUAUCCUCAUGGUGGUGUGCUCCUUCAUGGCUCUCCCAUGGUAUGUGGCCGCUACCGUCAUCUCCAUUGCUCACAUAGACAGUUUGAAGAUGGAGACAGAGACUUCUGCACCCGGAGAACAACCUAAAUUUCUAGGAGUGAGGGAACAAAGAGUCACUGGAACCCUUGUGUUUAUUCUGACUGGUCUGUCAGUCUUUAUGGCUCCCAUCUUGAAGUUUAUCCCUAUGCCUGUACUGUAUGGUGUGUUCCUCUAUAUGGGUGUCGCCUCACUGAAUGGAGUCCAGUUCAUGGAUCGUCUGAAGUUGCUUCUGAUGCCUCUGAAGCAUCAGCCUGACUUUAUCUACCUGCGUCAUGUGCCCCUGCGCCGAGUCCACCUGUUCACUUUCCUGCAGGUGUUAUGUCUGGCCCUGCUCUGGAUCCUCAAGUCAACAGUGGCUGCUAUCAUUUUUCCAGUCAUGAUUUUGGCUCUUGUAGCUGUCAGAAAGGGUAUGGACUACCUCUUUUCCCAGCAUGACCUCAGCUUCCUUGAUGACGUCAUUCCAGAAAAGGACAAGAAAAAGAAGGAAGAUGAGAAGAAAAAGAAAAAGAAGAAGGGAAGUUUGGAUAGCGAUAAUGAUGAUUCUGACUGCCCAUACUCAGAAAAGGUUCCCAGUAUUAAAAUCCCAAUGGACAUCAUGGAACAGCAACCUUUCCUAAGCGAUAGCAAACCUUCCGACAGAGAAAGAGCAUCAACAUUCCUUGAACGCCACACAUCAUGCUGAUAAAAUUCCUUUCCUUCAGUCACUCGGUAUGCCAAGCACAAACAUGAAGCCCAGGGGCUCCAAGAGGAUUGGUGCAGUCAUUCAGCUCAUUGUCUGAAGGGAAUUUUCAGAUGCUGAUUUUAUUGAGCUUUCUGACAACCUGGGGAGAAAAAAGCAAAAGAAAGAAAAACUUUCAUAGUUGAUGCUCAGUUAUGUUUUAAAACCAGAGAUUUGGUUAUAUAUUCUCUCUUGGCUCAGUUCAUUUCAUUGUGUUCUAUGCGUAUAAGCAAAAUUCCUGAAUUCUUACUUUAGGCAAAUAUUGCAACUCAGGGCUAAAGUCACCCAGUGAAACUUUUAGAGCCAGAAGUCACUUUGUCCCAGUCCUACAAUGUGAAAAGAAGAAUAGUUGCCUCUUCUUAGCCAUUUUCAUGGCGGGUACAUAUCGUGCACAUUACUUUUCAGAAUCAAUACGCACUUUCAGAUAUUCUUAUUUUUAUUCUCUUAAGUCUUUAUUAACUUUGGAGAAAUGAUGCCUCUUUUUAUUUUAAAUGAAGUAGAUCAACAUGGUGGAACAAAAUGAUAAAGAACAGAAAACAUUUCAAUAUAUUACUAAUAAUUUUUUCCAAUAUAAAACCUAAAAUUCCUAUAACAUAGUAUUUUACAGUUUUAUGAAGCUUUCUAUUGUGACUUUUAUGGAAUUAAGAGAUGAAGAAGAUGAGAUAUUUUAGCAUUUAUAUUUUUCAAAAUUAAAUGUAUACUUAAAAUAAAGUAACUUUAUGCA